AGUGGAGCACGUGAGAUCUAAAUUUGCCGGGAAACUUGUGCUCCAAAAACGUGAUGGACAAGAAGGCGACAGCUAAGAAGAGACUCUCUCUUAAGAGGGACUUAAAGAAGGACAAUUCUCAGACUCAGCUUACACAUUUCUUUUCUAAAAAGACAACACCAGAUCCUUCCACCAUCUCCCCCAGUCCUCUCACCCUCUCAUCAAAUACAAAAAUCAUUUUAACAAAAGCACCCAUACUUGCUCCGUCACCUCUUAAACAGGCCACACCUACAAAAUUACCCCAAAAGGCCAGACGGCUGUCCCUAAAAAGAACUCGUGGCAAAUCAAAAAAAGAUAAGACCACACCCACAGGCGAAUCCCCUGGAACUGACAAACAAAUGCGUCUCGACGAUUGCAAAGCGUUUACACCAACGAAACUAGCCUACGUACUUGAUGGAGGCACAUUGCCUGAUGUUUUUGAAGUUGUAAAAUCACCACCUGUUAAAAAUGACAACUGUUCUACUAUCGGCAGUAAUUGUGUUAAGAGAAACCUAUUUAAUAAAAAGGAAAAAUUUCGAUCAGCUAUAGAAUGCCCACUGAUAAGAGAUGGUGAUAUCAAUGAGGAAUCAAUAACCUUUAGUAAAAGGACAAAUGAAGACAAGAAAAAAGAAAAUGAGACAAUGGAAAGAGAAAUGAUGGAGGGGGAGGCACUUGUGGAUAAAAUGGAGGACAUUGAUGAAGUGGAAACUAAUUUAGAUGAGGAUGAUGCUACGAAAAAAGAAAUUAGUUUAGCAAUGGAUGGAGUUGAUUUUAAAAGCGACUCUAAUGAUUUCAGUCUGUUUGAUGAUGGAGAUGAUUUGGACGAGAUAUUUAAAUCCAUCAGUGUUAAUUACGACGAUGAUGAAGACGCAUCACAUGAUAGUCAUGUGACCUUGCCACCGAGGUAUGAAGUAACGACGGUCAAUUGGGAGAGAUACAGAGACGAGAACAACGGAAGAACAAACACACAGAUAGUCCUCAAUCUUGUACCGUUUUCAAAAUAUAAAGAGAAAGAGAAGGAAGGGGAGGAUAAAAAGAUUUUAUGUUACCUAAGAGAUGACUGGGUUCAGUCUGAUAUCAGAGUUGGCGAUAUAAUACACAUUGUCUCCAGCUGCUCAACUUUAAGUGGGGCAGGGUCUCUCGCCCACUCAAAAGAUUACUUUGUCAUCAGUAAUGACAAUGGCGCCUGUAUUAUCAUUAAUCCAGACUACCUUAUUAGUGUUACUAGUCUUAGUAAUGGAAUCACCUGCACCAGAAGGCCUAUUCUUGAGGAUCUAUUCAAAGUUUCUGGUCAAACAGAGGGCAUGCUUGUUGGCAAGUUACUCCACGAGAUGUUCCAAAAGGCAGUACUAACAGCUUCAGAAGAUGUAUCAAUUGUCACCAGAGACCGUGUACUAUCAUUGAUACCUCUUUUAGUAAACAAUGCAUCAGUACUGCAGGAACUUUAUGUAUUAGGAUUAACUGAUGGUGAUAUAAUCGAGAGUUUAACGGAGCAUGUGGAUCUUAUUGUAGCAUGGUGCCAUCAGCAUCAAAAUGUUAAUUACAUGAGCUAUAAUUAUAGCAAAAUUGAAUGGAAAAGAUUCCCUCAUUCUCAAACUGAAACUGAAAUGGCCAAUUUAUGUAUCACUGGCGUUACAGACAUUGAGGAAAGCGUCUGGUCUCCUAGGUUUGGACUCAAAGGAAAAGUGGACGCAACUGUAAAAAUGAAAGUUACUGAUUCUACCCGUCAAGCUACAGAGCACUUGGUUCCCCUUGAGGUUAAAACAGGACAAAUGAUUGCCAAAUAUGGCGCCAUUCAGCACCGGGCUCAAGUGUUACUGUAUUGCUUGAUGUUGUGUGACAGUCAUGUGACAACUAUACCUGCUGGUCUAUUGUAUUACAUGAAAUCAAACGAAACUCUCUCUGUGUUGGCUAAAGACAAUGAAAUAAGAGCUUUGUUGAUAGCCAGGAAUCAUUUAGCUCGCUACCAUGACAACCAUUGGGAUCAUGUGACCUUACCGGAGAUGCUGAGAGAGCCAAGAAUCUGUCAACACUGUCCUCGCCUGAUAGAGUGUAGCCUCUACCACAAGGUAUUUGAGAAUGGUACGGUAGAGUCUUCAGGUUUAAGGGAACAUUAUCCGUCGGUGCUUCAUCAAAUGAGUCCUCUCUGUGUUGAUUUCUAUCGUCACUGGCACAGUUUAGUGAUAGAAGAAAUGACUCACGAGCAAUCAGAAUCAAUCAGAGAUGCAAUCUGGCGGACUACAGUUCAUGAUAGGGUUAGGGAGGGUUGCUGUCUCAAUAAUUUGCUCUCUUGCCAGCCGGAGUCUCCUAUUGAAGGACCUGGUGGUAAUUUAAAAGUAAAGCAAACAUUCCUGAGACAAGGAUCUGAAUCCAAUUCUCCUUUGUUGAGUUUGUAUGACAGGAUACAUGUGAGUCAUGAUGAUAUUAAUUGGUCCAUUGCCAUGGGAUACAUAAUGAAUAUUAAUGAGCAGUCAAUCACACUGGCACUGGACAAGUCAGUUCCAGUCGGUCAGUUAUACACUAUUGAUCCUAGUUUUGGUCGUUUUGGCUCUCUAGUUCUAUCAACGUUAGCAGCUGUGUGUUCCUCCGAUGGAGAGAGGGAGCAGCAAUUAAGAGAGUUGGUGAUUGAUUUGAGAGAACCAAGGUUUUCCGAAGAGAAGGUAGACAUAUUGUCGGCGAGUGAGGAUUCUUUGUUAUCGACUUUAAAUGAGCAACAAAGACAAUCUGUUCGAAAAGCUCUUUCAUCGAGGGAUUAUUCUCUAGUUCUUGGGAUGCCUGGAACUGGGAAGACGACCACCAUUGCCUGUCUUGUUCAAAUACUGGUGACCAGGGGCUACAGUGUGUUACUGACCUCGUUCACUAAUUCAGCUGUUGAUAAUGUACUAAUGAAACUGAUAGAGAAUGGUUUCAAGGAUAUCAUCAGAAUCGGCUCAAUCGGGCGUGUCCAUCCUCAAGUUAGUCCGUAUAAUCUUUCUGAGCUAGUGAAAGACACCUCCUCUGUACAAGAAAUUAAAGAUGUCUACCAACAAAAAGUCCUGAUAGGUGCUACAUGUCACAGUGUUGAUCACCCUCUCUGUUCCAAUAGAUUGUUUGAUUUUUGUAUUGUUGAUGAAGCGUCUCAGAUUCCUCUCCCCCUCUCUCUUGCUCCUCUGAGACUAGCGUCUCGUUUUGUACUUGUUGGCGACCAUUACCAGCUGCCACCUUUAGUGAAAUCGCCAAUAGCCAAAGAGAAAGGCUAUGAGGAAAGUCUUUUUAAACGACUAUCAUCAGCUCAUCCCUCAUCUCUGACUUCUCUCACUCAUCAACAUAGAAUGAACCGAAAUAUCAUGGAGUUGUCCAACUGUCUCAUUUACGACAACUUGCUUUGUUGCGCUUCUGAGGACGUUGCCGGGGCAACCAUGUCGAUACCAGGAUGGAAAUCUUCAGAGAUUAAAUUUGAUUGGCUGGCUUAUGCCGUUGACCCGAAUAACAAUGUUGUUUUUCUAAAUACAGACAAAUCCGGUGCUAUGUUAGAAGAAAAGAUUUCUGAUCACAUGUGCAAUUUGUUUGAAGUUAAUAUAGUUGUGAGUAUUAUCAGGACUCUAGUACAGUUAGGAGUAAGCCCCUCUGAUAUACUAGUAAUUACUCAGUAUAAGAACCAGCAGAGACUCAUAACAAAGUCGCUACACGAAUCUGAGACAAGUUCUCAAACCAGUUUUGAGACUUGUACUUCCAGUUUCAUACCAAGGAAUGAGUAUCGGUCUGUGGAGGUGCUGACUGUCGACAGGUGCCAGGGAAGGGAUAAGAGUUGUGUGCUGGUGUCAUUUGUUAGGAGCAACACAUCAGGAAAGGUAGGCCAGCUUCUGCUAAACUGGCAAAGGAUCAAUGUGGCACUGACCAGGGCCAAACACAAACUGAUAUUCAUUGGGUCUUGUGACACACUCUCUCACUCGCCUCACAUCUUGAAACUGAUCACCCUCAUCAAUCAGCAUGAAUGGAUGUUCAAUAUAGAUACUGUUGAUUUCAAAAUCUCUCCAUCAAUAUGAUUUGUUGUCAUAAUAAGUUUUUAAUGAUAAUUUUUAAUAAACAAAAGACAUAAGGAAUGGCAAAAAUAAAUUAAUAAAGAAAUAGUAAUUAUAUAAGCUGCAGUGGUGGUCAGAAUGUUUUUGCUGUACAGCU